UUUACACUUUCACUGACCGCAAGAUGAGCCGAGCGGCGAUACCCAACAGGAGGGGGGCAACGACUCGCUACUGUCAGUUGUACUUCAUCAGCUCGACGGAGGCUACCGCGGCGCGGAUCGAAGCCAAUCGCAGCCGAGCCAAUCUGUUGGAGAGCGUGUUACGGCAACUCGACGAAAUGUUGAGGGCCAUCAUCCCGUACGCUGAAGCGUUCAGGAAUAUGAACGAGGUGUGGGUCGACGAGACCCGACGACCGCCGGAAGAGGCACCGCAAAGAGUGACCAUGUUCUUCAUCGAAGACCGCAACAGCGACCCGAGGCGCUACAACGCCUCGCGUGUCAACGAAGUCGCCGCGGUGUUCACCGGCGAGAACGGCUUGCCGCCGGCGCAAGUGGAUUUCGCGGUUUACGACCGCGCGACGGCCGGACCCGCGAUGCGCACGCUGUCGACGAGGUCGAGGGUAUACCAUCGAUCCGAUGGUAUACCCGCUGCUCUUUCCGAACGGCGAAUGGGGAUGGAACCAACACAUGGAACAGACGGGCGCGCGGAGAACGACCAACAGGCAACGCGUGUCCAUCAGGGAGUUCAUGUGUUAUCGUCUGGCCGUCCGUUACGGGGGCAACAACGACGGCGGUCACGGCGGGUUCAGCCCGUUACACGCCGGCGGUUUUCUGUUUCAACAGCUCCUGUGCGACUAUUACGUGCGCAUGGAAUCGGAGCGGUUCGAAUACUACGAGGCGCACCAGUCGGACUUUUUCGUGGAGGCCUACCAAGGUCUGAUGGAUCACAUCAACGGGCAACACGACGUGACCAGGGACAACGACGUCGGGUCCCGCGUCAUCCUGCCCGCUUCGCACACGGCCGGCGUGAGGUUCAUGAAAAGACGUUAUCACGACGCCAUGGCCUUGGUGCGGACGUACGGCAAGCCCGAUCUGUUCAUCACUUUCACCUGCAACCCGAAGUGGACGGAGAUCGCGGACAACCUGUCAGACGUGUUGAUGUACAUCGACAGGGCCGAUUUGUUUUCUUUUGA